AUGAACCCGGAUGUUGACGAUGGACGUGUGCAGGCGGACAAGCUUCGAGCGCAGCAGGAACUCGAGCGGCUUCAGCAAAAGUACAUCGGAACGGGCCAUCCAGACACGACCAGUUGGGAGUGGAAGUCGAACAUUAUGCGCGACACGUACUCUAGCAUGGUGGGCCACCAGCCCAUGCUGUCGUUUCUGUCGCUGGCACAGAACGAACCGGCAACGAAGACGCGCCUGAAACUGCUCAAGCCCUGUGGUCCGCCACCGGCGCGCGACGACGAAGAAUGA